AUGCCAAACCUUGUCAUCUUGAAAGUGAAAUCGAUGACGAAGAGAGCGGACUCUCUUCAAAUGCUGGUGGACUCGGUUCGAUUGGCAACGGGUGCCAUCGUUAAGACCGAGGAGCGCGUGAUUCGCGCACGCUUCUCGUCCAAACACCGGGUGUUUGUAGAAGAACUUCUCGUCCUGGACUUGGACGGCAAGUUCGACAUCGUGUUGGGCAUGCCGUGGCUUGCACGGCAUGGUUCUACAAUCGCCUGGGAGAAGCGUACGGUCGUACGCUUCGGACGCCGCGGCGCAACUGUGAGCGAUGGCCCUGUUAGCGCAGCGGAUGCACCGUUAGGUCUACUUCAGAGACAGUGGCUCGCGCCGCUGUCUCCGGUCGCAUCGCGAGGAGCGCGCGAGAUGUAA